AGCUGCUGCAGUGGAGUGUAGAACGGUCUUCAUUCUCUGAAGCUGAGAACUCAAAGCAAAACAGCAACUAUGAGGCUGUCAGUGUCUCUCCUGAUGGUGACUCUGGCCCUUUGCUGUUAUGAGGGCAAUGCGUUGGUCUGUCCUGCUCUUCUUGCUGAAAACUUUGGAUAUCUGUAUUUUAAUAAAGACCUGUUCAGAUUACAACUGGCCAAGUUUAUGCCACCAAGAGAGGCAGCUGAGGCAUUGCUAACAGUGAAGAAAUGCACAGAUGGAAUGCCAGAGUUCAAACGAAACCUAAUUGCAGGAGCACUGGGAGAAGUCGUGCUGCAAUGUCCUGUCUGACAUGUGAACAAUGUUGGAUCCUUCUUUCCAGUGUCUUUCAAGGUCACCUUGAUCUUAAGUGCAACAUAUAAAGGUUUCAACGUCUUCUCUAAUAAAUCACUUUCCUUGCAUUCCUCUAUGUGUCUUCUUACUAACCUACAAUCACAACACAUGAUUUGAGAUGGAUUUAAUAAAUAAUUGCUUUCUUGG